GUUGUAAUAUCGCCGAGAGCGAGCGCGUUUAGACACAGAACCACCGAACAUUCACUCUGAGCAGCGGAGAGAAGCUUCAAGCUUUUCGAAGGCAUUCUAGAAAACGAAAUUCAUACCGCAAACAAAUGUGCUAUUUGAGCCUGGAGAAACCAUUAAGACCAGGAACUUUUUUGUUUUGUUUUUCUUUACCCCUUUUCAUACCGAUAUGGAGAAUAGAAUUAAACAUGCAUUACUGAAGAAGCACGUGAACGUGGCUGCCUGACUGAAAUAUAGAGAUAUCCCAAGGAAACAUUUACGGCUUCCACACGCAAGGCCUGGCCUUGUGAUUCGCAGGGGCAGACGGGUGCAUGACUGCAGCAGUUAAUCAUGUAUCUAUCUCCCGGACUAUUGCCGCAGUAGGGUCUUUGGAGGAUGGACCUGGCAUAUCUGCUGGGAUAAUCAAAUGUGGUUGGAACAGCAUGGGCGGAGCCUAUCACUGUGAUCUUGGCGUGCGAUGGAGGACUUGGACAGACUAUAGCCACUGAUGAUAAGCAAGCUGGGUUAAACUAGAUGCUGUCUUCCACGUUCCACUGUCUACGGCCACCGUGUCCCUCGUCUUGGAGACAUGACCCUAAUGGACUACUGGUACAGCCUGCUGAGUUCAGUGGCUGAGGAGCACAGGAAGAGACCCGUCUCAUUCAGGGAUGGUCCCAUGGACCCCCUGGCUGUGCUGGACGGGAACAGGGACCAGUUUCGUCACUGGGGUCUGCAGGUGUGCUUCGGAAGGGCCAGGCUGUACGGAUUCCUCCUUCUGCUGACGGUGAUGUUCUUCAUCACGGUCUCCUACAUCCUGACUGGGGAGAAGAAUGGGCUCCUGCUCACCCCUUCUCCAUACCGGAUCAGAACUAUUGUCGGGCCAGGACAGUGUCCCCUAAACUUAACCUCACCCAGGGAUUAUGCCAGCAUGAAAAUGGUGGUGAAGACCAUAGUGUCCAAGGUGAAGUUCAGCUCCAGGCAUGUACCAGAACUGAAGGACCUAAUCCACAGUGAGCCACAUGUGUUUUCCGCCAUACCCCGUAAAUUCCUCCCGAACAUCAAGAACCCCUGCUGGUACGAGGAGCAGGCGGGGAACGUGACGGCGGACCCCUACGGGAAGAACCUGUACGCCCGCUACUCCCGCCGGUUCCGUGCGGUGUGCGACGUCCUGAGGAAGACCUUCCGGGAGCACUUGUUCUACCAGGGGGGGCGGUGCUAUCGACUGCGCUGCCUGCCCUACUUCUACAUCAUCGGCCAGCCCAAGUGCGGCACCACGGACCUGUUCGACCGGCUGAAGAUGCACCCGGACGUGAGGUUCACCACCAUGAAAGAGCCCCACUGGUGGACGCGGAAAAGGUUUGGUAUUGUGCGCAUGAGCGAUGGCUUCCAUGACCGCUACCCAGUGGAGGAUUAUCUGGAUCUCUUCGACAUGACGGCGUUCCAGGUCCAGGAUCAUUUGGCGGGAAAUACCUCUAGCAACCAGAAUUCACGCAAUAUUAUAACAGGGGAGGCCAGCGCGUCCACACUAUGGGACAACAAAGCCUGGGUCUAUUUCUAUGACAACGGCACUGAUGGGGAGCCACCGUUCCUGAUCCAGGACUUUGUCCACGCCGUUCAGCCGGAAGCAAAGUUCAUUGUGAUGCUGCGGGACCCUGUGGAGAGGCUCUACUCUGACUACCUCUACUUCAGCAUCGCCAACAAAUCGGCGGAGGACUUCCACGAGCGGGUUUCAGAGUCCCUGGUGCUAUUUGAGGGGUGUCUGGCACAGGCCUCAGUGCGUUCCUGUGUGUACAACACCACUCUGAACCACGCAAUGCUUGUGAGAUUGCACGUGGGAUUGUACAUUGUGUACAUCCUGGACUGGCUGAGCGUUUUCAGAAGGGAUCAGAUUUUAGUCCUGCGGCUCGAAGACCACGCCUCCAAUCGCGAAUACACCAUGCGCACAGUCUUCGACUUCCUCAGAUUGGGGCCUCUGACGGAACAGGAGGCGGCAGAGAUCACCCAAAGUCCGGUGUCAAACACCAGGAGGCCUGCUGACAAGAACCUGGGGCCUAUGCUUCCAGUCACCAAGGAGAUCCUUCAAGAUUUCUACUCCCCUUUCAAUGAGAAACUGGCCAAAGUGCUCAACAAUGACUCCUUCAUGUGGCAUAACCAUGCGAAACUCAUGUAAACACUCUUCCCCAGCUAUGCAUCGCAUCCUCACACAAAGCAAUGUUCUUUCUGCAAAUAUCCAAAUAUGCCACAAAAUGUUUCUUUUUAUUUAAAUUAUUUUAAAUUAUUGCGAAGGGCAAAUGAACUGUCAGAACACAACAGCACAAUCAGAUCAUUUUGGCCUUGUUUUAUACAUCUCUAAAUGGGGGAAAAAAUAUUUUGUUGUUUUUGUUAUUAAUUAUUUCUAACAACACUGCUUUAACUAAAAUAAAUGUCAUAAAGACUAAACAUAA